GAAUUUACUGUUGUGUUCUUAUCAAAAAAACAAACACAGACUCCCCUAAAGUCUUGGUACAGUCCGUGUGAGGAACGCUUCCUCGUGAUUAUUUCUUCGCAAAGCUCAGUAGGUAAUGUUUCACAAAAGUCAUGUUUUAAUACUGUUUUGCGUUGUUUUCUCACUGACAUUUACACAAGUUGUCCCUGACAGCCUUAGAAAAUGCAAGCCGAUGGUUAUCAGUGAAUGGCACUAUAGUUGCGUCCAAUAACCUGCAAUUUGGAAAUAUUUUGGCGCGCUGGGAAAGAUUGACCAUGCACGAUCAAAUGGACAUCAGCAGCGCUGUGUCCAGAAGUUGUCGAUUUUCUAGUUAUACCAUUAUACCAUGAGAAUGUAACUGAUGUGAAAAUACUGUAUACGUACGAUGGUAUUGAGUAAGGAAUCGAACAAAAAUCAUUAUAGCUAUGCUCACAGACAGUACAGUCAAUAGGUAUAUCAGCUUGUGAUGUCCCCAUGUAACGAUGUCCAACAGAAAGCGCAUAUUUCAGAUAUCAGGAAUCAAAGAUGCUCAAAGGAAAGGACAGCUGCUCCGUGCUAUAAAGCAAGUGGGUGGGACAUACAUUGGAGGCCCGAUUUACAAGGAAAGCACCACCCAUCUGAUAGUGUCCCAGGCUGUCCCCAGUGAAAAGUUCCUAGCAGCUUGUGCUGGAGGGAAGUGGAUUGUCACACCAGAAUAUGUUCUGGACAGCCUGAAGCUUAACACCUGGCUACCAGAGGCCCUUUAUGAGGUGAACCUCUCAAUCCAGAGCCUUGGCUUCACCAACCCAGUCCAGGCGUGGAGAGAGAAGGUGGCCAGGGGAGUGGUGUCUGGGGCCUUCCAGGACUGGGUGGUGCUGUUGAAUGUGGUUGACAUCAAGAGGAGGGACACUAUCAGCAGGAUCCUCAAGGCAGGCCGAGCCGUUGUGUACCUUGAGAAGCCAGCCUCAGUGCCCAUGACUCAUGUGAUUAACAGACAUGUGGUGGAACACCCUCUGGAUGAUGCUGUACCCUGCGCCUCCAUGCGCCAGCUUGCUCUGCAUUUAUUUGGGAAAUCUUUCACUGGGCUGAAAUGGCCUGUCCAUCAACCACGCAAUCCCAGCGAUUGGGACGUAGAGGACAUGGACUCCUCGUCUGAGAAUGUGAUAGAGGAGACGGAGGUGGUGGAGCACACGCCUGAUACAGGCCUACUCUCACGGCUGGAGAAUAAGAUGGAGGAGUACAUAUUCUAUGUGGAGAAAUGGAAGCAGAAGAGAAAGCUGCUUUACCCAGAGUUCCAGAGCUUCUACCUCUCUUGUCCUACCUCUAAGCGUGGCCCGACUGACUUGAGGAACGUGCAGAGUCUGUUGGACUGCGGCUUCUUCCCCCAGGCGCUGGAGGAGCUCCAGGCCUCUCUCCACCCCGGGGUGCUUCCUCCCGCCCCGCUCGUGCUCUCGCUCGUGCGCCAUGCCCUGGAAGGUGCUGCUAAGCCGUACUUCCUCAGCAUGUUUUGCACAACACUCCAUAGCAUCCUGCGCAACAACUCCCCCUGGGGCUCUGCAACCUAUGCCAAGUACUUCCAGCAAAUUCUGCAGUGUCCCGAGUGCAAGAAAGGCGUGUGGUCCCUCCUCAGUACGUCCUUCAGGGUCUGUAUGUCCAGCGCCGCCACCUGUCACUCACUGCCAAGCCCCGCCCGCCCAGAGCUGAUCAGCUUCCAUGGCGACCUGCAGGAAUUCCUCCUCAGGCUGUUCCAGCUGGAGCUGCACGCUGUGAAUUCUGGCUUGGUUGCGGGAGCGUCGUGGUCCACCAUUCUGGGCAGCACGUUCUGGACGGUGUGGGAGAGGUCGGCCCUAAGCUCCAAGGCCAUGCAGCAGCUGGUGGAGCUCCUGGUGGAGGCCUAUCAGUGGGCCCAGUCCUGCACUGAGGUGGAGGCUGUGCAUCGGCAGCGGCUGGUGCUGCGUCUGCAGGAGGUGCUGGAGGUGGUGGUGGAGUUCUGGUGCCAGGCCCACAGCGCACUGAACCGGCCCCUGGUGGAGAAGAGCCUGCCAGACCUGGGGGAGCACAUCGCCAUCCUCUGCUUAGGCCAGGUCUCAGAUAUGGCACCAGACUUCCUGUUGGAGCUCAUUCCCAGCAUGCUUUGCUCUCCGCUCCGCGUGGUCACGGCCGACGCGCUCUACCGCUUUGUCUGCCGCAGGAACACCAUUGCCACGGGAACGGAAGCCCUCUCCCUCAGGAAGAUUGUGUCCACCUAUUUGAAGGCCUUGGGGAGUUUAUGUGUGCGCCGGCCUGCUCCUGACCCUUCGCCACGGCCGCAAACUGAACCCGCCCUCACCAGCUGUGCCAGCCAGAAGCCAGGCUCGGGGUCGAAAGGGAGUGUGUGCCCGUAUGGCCCAGGAAAAGAGAACAUCCCACGGGGCUUAAACCGAGUGAAUGCAGCAGGAGAGACACUCCUCCACCGCGCCUGCAAGCGAGACCAGGUGGAGACACUCCUGCACAUCCUCGCACAACCAGGGACGGACGUCAACGUUAAAGACCACGCGGGCUGGACGCCGCUGCAUGAGGCCUGUAACCAUGGCAGCCCUGCGUGUGUGAGAGCCCUACUCCAGCACAGCCCCACGCUCGACCUCAGCAGCCAGGUGGGCGGGGUCAGCCCUCUGCACGACGCCCUGCUCAACGGACACUUGCUCAUUGCCAAGAUGCUCCUUCAGUAUGGAGGUUCUGCUCUUCUGGAGCUCCGCGAUAACUCGGGCCGCACCCCUCUGGACCUGGUUACUGCGGCAACGCUGCGCCAGGAUCUGCAGCAAUGCGCCGCGGAGGGCGACUCGUCCCUCGCCCGUGCCGCCGCCGCCGUCUGCGACGUGCAGGACUUGGCCCUGGUGGAGACCUGCUCCUGCCUGCUGGCCUGCCUGCUGCUCAGCUACCAGCAGGAGCGAGAGCUGCCCGGGGGCGGGGGCGGCGACUCUCCUCUCCACCUCCCCCCGAGGCUGGCCCAGGCGCUGCUCACCCACGGGGCCACGGCGGUCACCGGCGGAUGGGCGAACGCCAAGGCGGCACAGCUGGCCCAUGACCUGGAGACCCUGCUGGGCAUGGGGCAGUACGUGGGCGCGCUGAGCCCAGCACUGAGGCGCUGCCAGGGGCCACACACCGGGCUCCUGGUGCAGCUGCUGGAGGAUCUGGAGGCGGAGGGACGGCUGCUGCUGGCGGGGGGCGCAGCACUGGGCGUUUGACUCGGAGGAGAGGAGAGGAGAGGAGAGGCGCCCCAGACACGUGGACUGGGAAUCUCUGCCAUGUUUGCAUACUGUUGCACUGUCUUGCACAAGUUUAGCUUUUUGUAUUUACAUUUUAAAACUUUUGUACAGUUUUUGAAGUUCCUGUAUAUUUUGUGUAUUUCGUGUAUUAAUAAAGA